AUGUCUGGUGCUGGUCCAUCAAAUGAGGUUGAAAUGAAUGUGCUUCAACCAAAAACCGAUCCUCCAGCUGGAAGAAGAGAAAGUAGAAUAUCGAUAAAUUCUGAUUUGGAUGAGGAGCAACGACAGGCAUAUUUGACUGAACAUGUCCCAGAAGAAUAUAAACGUGAUCCUAAUCAAAGGAGGGAAGACAGCGAUAAUGAAGAACUGAGUUGCUGUUCGAAAUGUUGCGUUGAUUUGUGCAUGAGCAUAUGCAUGCCUAUUUGUAUGUGCAAGUGCUACAAAUGGGGAGACGCCACGAAACCUCAAAUCAAGGAACGAAAUCCCCAUACAGGACUAGAGAUUACGCCCGAGCAACUUGCAGCAUUGAAAGCGGCAAAAUUACAAAAAGCUGCAGCUGGAAAUGAAGUCGCUCAAACGGACCCAGGUGCAUCUACAUCGCUUGUGAUCGAAGAUCCCAAUGCACAAGAUUCAACGACACAGCAUUCAGCAGUUUCAGAAGGUACUCCAGGACAUUCUAAACCGGAUCAGCAAGCAACUCUAGAAUCCGGAGAAUCUUCCCAAGCAUCACCAGGAACCCGAGAAGAAUUGUCAACUAGGAACCUGGAAAGUCCUUCAGACUAUAAUAAACCAUCGUCUUUCACUCAAGGUAAUGAUCCGGCGAGCACUGAAGUAACCAUUAGAAAACCCAAUAGACAAGCCGCAAUCAUAUACAGAAGAAUUCAUCUAAGUGCACCAAUUCCUACGACUACGAAGACAUCAGACACGGAGAAACCACCGAUGCCAAAAAAGGAGGCUCCUACCGAAACGCCAAUUAUGGGUCAGCCUGGAACAUCAAGAGAAUCAGAAGGAUCGGAUGAGGUGAAAUUGCAUCUUCCAAAGAAAUCCAAUAAAAAGGGACAAUCGAAAGUGGUUUUCAAAAAAUACCGUCCAACAUAA